GAUGAACAUAAUCAAAUGAGCUUAGGACUAGUGAGAAAUCAUUGUUGCGUAACACAGUCCACCAGUGCAUCAACGCUCUCUCUGAUACUGUAUCUGAUACAGUUCGUCACAUAUAAAUGGUCUGUGAUCCUGAGAGCUGCUGUCCUUAAAACCCCGCACUGCUGUGGGCCCUUGUGCUUAUCUGUCGCCAGUAGCUGGGAGCUGCCUGCAGAAGGGAGGGACAGAGACAGCAGUUGGACUGGCUACAGCGAUAAAGAACAUCCACUCCAGCAGCCAGGCCCAGCUCCGUGCCCAGAUGCUAUGAUGCCCUCGGCGAUGAAUGCAAACAGAGCAGUUAUGACUGCAAGCCCAGAGGUGGGAUCCGCUCCAGGGUCAAUGGGCAGUGUUCCACUUGGAGGACAGUCUGAAGUGUUGAAGCAAGUCCUCUGUGUCAUUGAGAAGAAAGUGCGUAAUAUGGAAAAGAAAAAGAGCAAACUGGACGAUUAUCAAGUCAGGAAGAAUAAUGGGGAACGUCUCAAUCAGGACCAGCUGGAGGCACUCUCCAAGUUUCAAGAAGUCGUGAAUAAUUUGGAAUUUGCCAGAGAGCUACAGAAGACAUUCACUGCCCUGGGACAAGAUAUCCAGAAGGUGGUGAAGAAGUCUGCACGAAGGGAGCAGCUGCAGCGUGAAGAAGCAGAACAGAGGAGGCUGAAGACGAUUUUGGAGCUGCAGUUUCUCCUGGACCGGCUUGGAGAUGAAACUGUUCGACAGGACCUGAAGCAGGGACUGGGAGGGUCACCGUUAACAGAUGCAGACCUCGCAGCUUUUGACGAGUUCUACAAGUUAGUGGGACCAGACCGUGAUCAAAGUGUCAGGUUUGUCAACCAGUAUGAAGAAGCAUCAAUGCACCUCUGGGACCUGUUGGAAGGGAAGGACAAGGCUGUGGUUGGAACAACAUACAAGGCACUGAGAGAGACUUUGGACCAGAUUCUGCUGAGCGGGUACUUUGACAGGGUCCCAUCUCAUGAAAAUGGAGUUUGUGAGGUGGAAGAGGAGCCAGCAGCUAUAGCAGUGGUGUCAGCAGCAGAAGUUGAAUCGACAGAGGUAGAGGAGCAGAACGUUGAUCCAGAAACUGAAAUAAUAGAAGAGUUCACGGAGCCCAUUGCAGUAGAAACGACAGAGUUUGUAAAUAGACAGUUCAUUCCAGACGGCACAUACAGUGGCAGUGAGAAGGAGCAGGGGGAUGAGUGGACCACAGAAACAGAGGCAGUUACUGCUUUGCAGCAGCUGCAGCCCGUGCAACCUGCAACCCCCCCUGUUCCCAUGGAGGCCCAUCCCAUGAAUUUAGCAUCUCCUGUUCCUCCGACUGACCCCCUGGUCAGAAAGCAGGUGGUGCAGGAUCUUAUGGCACAGAUGCAGGGGACGUACAACUUCAUGCAGGACUCAAUGCUGGAGUUUGACGGUCAGCCCAUUGACCCUGCCAUUGUCUCGGCACAGCCCAUGAAUCCUGCUCAGAACAUGGACCUGACACAGAUGGUGUGCCCUCCUGUUCACCCAGAGUCCAGGCUUUCCCAACCCAACGUUGUUCCUGUUCAACCUGAGCCAUCGCAAGUUCCUAUUGUCUCCCCCACACCACCUCCCAUGUAUCAGACCUCACACACACCAGAUCCUCGACCGUCACCUGACUCCAUCGACCCCAUUCAGACCUCACUGUCCUUGACAUCAGAGCAGCCUCCCUCCUCCACAGCGCUCCCCCAGGCCUCUCAGGCACAGGUUUUCCAGCCCGUCUCCAAAGCUCCUCACAGCAGUGGUAUCAACGUCAACGCAGCACCAUUCCAGUCAAUGCAGACGGUGUUCAACCUCAAUGCCCCGGUCCCACCAGCCACUGAGACAGAGGCCCUAAACCAGGCCAACCAAUACCAGAACAGCUACAACCAGGCCUUCAGUAACCAGUCACAGCAUCCUGUGGAGCAGACGGAUAUUCAGACAGAACAGCUGCAGUCUGUAGUCGGUGCUUUUCAUUCACAAGACCAGACAGGUGGUCAUCAGCCACCGUCUCAGCAGGGCCCAGGCUUCGGCAGGCAGCCUCAGUCCUUCUACAACAGCAGAGGCAUGUCCCGCGGUGGACCUCGUAAUGCCAGGGGUAUGAUCAACGGUUACAGAGGCUCAUCCAAUGGUUUCCGAGGUGCCUAUGAAGGCUAUCGUCCUCCCUUCAACAACACUCCAAACUCUGGUUAUGGGCAGACUCAGUUCCACACGCCCCGGGACUACUCCAAUGGGAAUUAUCAGAGGGAUGGUUACCAACAGAACUACAAGCGUGGAGCCAGUCAGGGUCCCAGAGGAGUGUCGAGAGGCAGCACUCAAGCAAUGCGCUCCUGAAAACAAGAAGCCUUUCUUAAUGACUGUGACUGAUUUAAUUGCACCACACUGAAAAUUUGAAAUUCAAUCAUGACAUGCCCCACCUCAAUCAUGUUCUUUUCUCUCGGUUCUUCAUUAGUGGUAUUUUGACUGUUUCUUUAAUCAAAGUGAUGCCUGCUUUGAUGUUAGGGAAUUGAUCAUUUAGAGUCUAAAACACAAGGUAAGCUGUUAACGAACUCAUCGGGUUACACAAGCCAUGUGUUACACAAUAUUCCUGUAAACUUGAAAGAUUUCAUAAGUUAUUUUUUGUAUAAAACAAAUGCACCUGCCACUGCUGGUCCAAACCUUGGGAGUGUUUUUUUCCCCCCCACUUUCUCAGUCCGUCAUUUUGAUUCUUAAAAAAAAGCCUUUUAUGUUCAUUGCGCUCCCGUUUUCUUGUUUGUGAAUUGAUGUUGCUUCAAGAGUUUCAAUAAAGUUGUGUUGCAUACACA